AGGAAUAAAUUAGUCUCUGAGCUAGAACGCUAGGUGUUUAAAGAACUUGAAUUAGUGAAAUGUGGCUGAUUGGAGAAGCAUGGCUAAUUUGGGGUUUUACAAGGGCUAUUUGCUUGCAGAAGGGUUUGAACAAGUUGGGCUUUGUAAAGGGAGAGAGUUUAGGUUUUGCUUUUAGUUCAAGUGUCGGUUGAAUUAGGGUCUUCUCUUUUUGAAGAACUUUGUCAGCCAUGGAGCAUAGGCUAUGCGUACGGGUGUUUGUUUAGCUUCUUACAGAGUUUGAGUUAUAAACUCGUCGUCGUAAUGAUGGAGAGAAAAAGAAAGGUGGCAGUGUUUCCAUUAUGUGACGAGGGGUAUCCUUUUUCUUUCAUGCCUUCACUUACCAUAACUCCCAGAUAGUGAAACCAUUGCAAAGAAACAGAUAGUUUCAGAAAUUAUUAUUCAAAGUUCUUUAUUUCUGUAUAGUCUAUGUACACUUUUAUUGUGUAUAGUCUGAUGAAUUCUUAUCCCAUACAAUGCAGUUCAGUACUGUCCCGCAUACCAACCAAGGCUUUGACAUGAGCCACAAUAACCAACCUUUCAGGCCAUCUUUUAUACUUCAUUAGCCUCACUGAUCAAGCCUUCGAUCAAUUUGCUGCAAAUAAACCCCCAAAAUGAGCAGGAGAGGAGGAGCCAAGAGAGCAUCAAACACAACAUUUGGGUCAAACAAUCCGAUUUCACUGAGAGAAGACAAAAACCAAAGCAAGGGAGGCUCCACCAACCCCAAGGCUGCAUUGAAGCUCGAGCACUUGCAGAGGCUAGCUUUAUGGACCAGUGGGGAAGCUUCUAUUCCUUCUUUGGGGGCCUUCUUUGGGCAGAAGUUAGCUUCUACUCAAGAGGGUCUGGAUGUGCCCCCUGACCCUUCUCUGAUUUCUUGCCAGAGAUGUGAAACGAUUCUUCAGCCUGGCUUCAACUGCACUAUUCGCAUUGAAAAAAAUAGAGCAAAGGCACGACGAAGAAGUAAGAAACCCGCUAAUUUCACUUUCACUCAGAACAAUGUAGUGUAUACAUGUCACUUUUGUUCUGAACGGAAUGUGAAGAGAGGGACUUCACGCGGACAUAUGAAAGCGAUAUGCCCCCCAAAGAUCAAAAAAGCUUCAAAUUUGAAACCUGCUAAAUCCAUUUCUCAGAAGUUUGCCACCCCCAAGAAGAGCACUGCUGGUGAGGAUAACGUUAGUAAAUUGAAAUCCGGAACUCCAACUGUGGAGGAAGAGAUUCCUAAUGUGGAUAAGUUCAUCACUUCUUCAACAAAAGAUGAAGAGACUCCUACUGCGGAUAGCCCCACAACUCCAAUGGUGAAACCCGCAAUCACGUUGUUGGACUCAAAGAGAAAAAAGAGAAACAAAUCGGCGUCCAAGAAACGAUCUGAACCCGAAAACAGCCCCGCCCCAGCAGACGCAGAGAACUCUUUCAGCACGACAAACAAACGGAGGAGAAAAUCAUGGACUAGUUUAAAGGAACUCGCUGAAAGAAGUGAGCAGAAGAAAAACAUCAGUGAUCUGUCAAUCCCUUUCUUUAUGUAAGUGGGACGGUACCUAUCGUACCUCGGAAGAUCAAAUUUUGAAUGAGAGACAGUGUUCCCUUAAUUCUAUGGUUCAUUAGCUUCAAAUCA